GUGAGACUUCUGCUAAAUGUCACUCGUCUUAUGCAGCCUGAAGAGAAAUGGAUCCUGUGAUUACUAUAGUUCUGGUGGUGGCAGCAGCAGCAGCACAAGUUAAUGCCAUGGCCUGUAAUCUCUCUCACAAGAAUGGAAUUCAUCACUGCUAUGGGGCUUUGGGAGAACCUUUGUCCAUACAGCUGGCGGCAGACAGCAGAAAUGAAGAAAUAACAUUUAAAAAAGAUCUUACUUGUAUUCUGCACUUCAAAACUGGUGAAGACUGGAGACCUAAAUUGCAUCAGGAUUAUGUGCAUCGCUCGGAGAUCUUUAACAAUGGAACAUUCAGACUGGACAGUGUUAUAGAAGAAGACAGUGGAGAUUACCAAUUGGAAAUACAUAAUUCGGAGGGAAUACUGUUGCGCAAAGUCAACAUGCUACUUGAGAUACAAGUUUUCUCCUCCCAGAUUCGUUUUGUAAUUUUGACAGUAGGUAUAGCUCUAGCUGUUGGAACCCUUGCUCUACUUCUUGCGGUGUUUGUUGGCGUAAACUGUCUCUGUGGGAAACUGAGAUUUGAACAUACUACUUCAGGUUUCUCUAAUGAUGAGGGUGAUGCUGUUGUAUACACUGAAGUAUUCAAUACAAGAACAAGAGAAGUCCACCAGAAUGCUACAGAGAUGGUGGAGUAUGGAGAGAUCAAAAUGGCUGCCAGUCUUAAUGAGGAAGAAAGCCCCAAAGGAGACAUGGAAAUGACAAACACCCAGACAUGACACAUCUUUUCUGAUAACAUUCGGCAGGACUUAGUAGAAACCAAAAAUGUAAGAGUGUAUUAGUCCCUUGUAUAUGUUUGUGCUGUCAUUUAAGUCUUUGUAAAUGUAUAUUGCUUCAAAAUUUGAACUUUAGCCCGUUCAACCAUACCUAUAAACCAAAUGGAGGGACGUUGGUCCGAAACAAAAGAUGACUGUUAAAUAUCUUAAUUUUAUGAUUGUGUGAUGUUGACAGUGUUUGGGAUCUUUUGCAAUAUUGUGUGUUUGCCAUCCAUUCUCCUUCAUUUGCUGCUGACUUGGGAUUGUACUUUAUCUGGCAAUGUCAGAGUGUUAAAUGCUAAACAUAGGAGAGAAACAUUGAUGAACAUGAUAGCUUAACUUCCUUGUCAUCAUACUUUUUAAACUUGAAAAGCUAUUUUACAAGGAUGUCAUCUUAUCAGAUGUAAAUAUAAUUGAUUAAAUAUAUUUGU